CUGACAUGUAACAAUGGCAUUGGUCGCAUACUCAGAUUCGGAGGGCUCAGAGGACGAGAAGGUCCUACCGCAACCGAGAGCUGACAAGCCUUCGACGAAGAUUGCGAGCAACACGAACACCAACUUCACUGUCAACAAAGCGAACCCCAGAAAGAUUCAAGUCAAACUACAAGAUACACCCACAAACGGCAAUACAGAUGGAGAGCCUGCUCCGAAGCGACCUCGAAUCGGCGGCGGCGGAGGAACAUUCGGCGGGUUCAACGCGAUGCUGCCUGCCCCCAAACGGGAUGCAGAUACCAAAGCCCCUUCAAAGCCUUCCACGAGGAAAGUCUUUAGCUUGAAGACGGGCGCCGAGCCCGGUUUCAGCAGAGAGGCAGAUGAAGAGUUGCGCAGUCUGUUUGCAGAACAAGAGCAGCAAAGGAAUACCACGAACCCUGAGGCGGAUGAGACUAUACCUGCAAUCCCGAAACGCGCAGAGCCUGCGAUAAACGUGCCGAAGGAACAGUCAAUACAAGGAAAUCCCUUCAUGUUCAAACCCCUCUCCGUGGCACGAAACAAUAAGAAGACAAAAAGGAAAGUCGAUGGUCCGAGACCGGCCAUCAGAGCAGGACACCAUGCGCUCAGGGAUAUAUCUUCUGCGACAUCGCUGGCAGCCGAACCUUCUUUGCCACCGAAGAAAGUCAGCCUCUUCUCCAUGGGCGGAGAGACAACGACGGCGCAACAGCCUCAGGCUCAACAAGACGAGGACGAGAUCGUCGAGUUCCUGGACGAACCACUUGACGAGACCGUCCAAACAACGUCAACAGAAGACCCCGUCCAUGGAUCAGCCGGUUCUGAAGCUCAAUCCCUUGACUCCAUCGCUGCCGAUUUGAAUCUCUCAAAAGCAGCCCGGAGGCAGCUGUUCGGGCGCCGCGGCCAGUCAGGCGGUACUGCCAUCAACGUGGUCAACUUCAAUACAGAUCAAGAAUAUGCAGCGAACGAGGUGCUGCGCGCAAGCGGGGAGCAAGUCCAGCACAAUCCGGUGCGCGCCAUUGCUCCAGGAAAACAUAGCCUGAAGCAACUCGUGAGUGCCGCUACUGGCCAAAAAGAGGCACUUGAGGAGAGCUUUGCAACCGGCAGAAGGAAUAAAAAGGAAGCUGGAAGCAAGUACGGAUGGUGAUAUUGUUUAUUCUGCCUCUGGUCGACGUUUGAGUCGCUCCAUUCGAGCCUAUUUUCGGACGACAGGCCUUUGACGACAGCAUCAUGGCACCGUGGCCCAUUGGUUCACAUAAGGAAAUGAGGUAUCCAAUAAUGAGUGCCGGAAUGAUAACACUAAGAACAUCCCCUCCUUAGCCUUCGCCCAGGUGCUCUGGACCUUACCGUGGCAUUUCAGGCAGGUCUCCCUUGGGGCCAGUGAAAAGCCAUGGCGGAAGAUGAAGGUGUGGCAUUCUGAUGCCUCGCGGCCUGCAGUUGGCGCCGUGUCACGGCACCUGGCCACUGGCAAUCGGGGUCGCGCUUCCUCCUCGCGCAGCUGCCGCAGACAGGCUUCACAGCGUCACAUCUCUUGCGCUGGAGGAUGCAGCGCUCACAUCGGUCACCGGUCGCUCGCUGCAUCGCCUGAGAUCUGCCGCGCCUGCUUCUACCGCCGCCGUCUGGGUCGUUGCCGCCCACGCCGACACCAUUGAUAUUCUUUCCUGUGUCCCUUUCAUGAUGCUCUUCCUCUCCUUCGCCUCCAGAAGGACUGUCUCGGCGGUAGUGACCAGAGCCUCGUCUUGAUGCCGCACUUGCACGCGCUACAGAUACAUCCUCGGGAACGGUUGGGUGCUGCAUAUUGCGAACCGUGUCAGAGGCAAGUGCUAACAGGAAGCAGAGCAGUUGUGGGAGGGCGAACCACAUACCUGAGACUCCCAUUCGCAGCCCAGCACCAGAAGAGCUUCUCGAGCAUGCUGGACCAGACUCUGAUGGUCUCUGCUCUCGGGUAGUAUCGCCCUUCGUAAGCUGGAAUGUCGGCUUUGUGAUUCGGCUUGUUGUGCCGAGUUAUUCGAACCAGACUCAGUGAGCGAGCCAUGACCAUGAGAAUCGUCAUUGUCGCCUGAUACACCCAUCCUGUCGCACCCAACAGAUGAUCUGAUCCCGCAGGCGCGUCUCGGUGAGGGAGAGUCCGUGAGGUCGCGAUACAGUGAGUGCAGGAGAUGUGUUGGCCGUCAGUUUUCAGAAAUGCCUCACCCUCGUCAACAAUGGACGUCGAACGCCAGUUGGUGUUAGUGUUGGUGUUGGUGUUGGUGUUGUUACUGGUAGUACGUCCAUCUUCACUCAGUUGGACUCCUGUACAGCACCAACCAACCUGAUUCACUUUGGCCUCGUCUUCCUUCCUUCCUCUCUUCCUUCACAGCCAUCACGUGAAGGUGAAUGAGUGACUGAUAGACCACCUUGAGAUAGUCUAGUAUAUCACGUCCUUCCUCCCGACAUGGGUUCCCUUUCUGCCUUGGCGUCGAGAGCAAGUGCUUCAGCGCGUGGGGUCUCGCCCUGAGCUGCUUAAAGAGAUACAUUUCCCGCCCGCCAUCUGGAUUUGCGGUUGAUGUAGCUUGGCUAGAUAGCUGUGUACCCAGGACGUCCUACCCAGGGAGUACUGCGUCCGGAGCACCUGUUGAAUCCCGUCCAUAGACAAUCCGAAAGACACCUUUCCGC